CCGAAGGCCAAUGGUUUCCUUAUCAUUGAAGCAAAUGGUGGCUUGAACCAACAACGCUUAUCAAUAUGCGAUGCAGUUGCUGUGGCAGGACUACUGAAUGCUACGCUUGUCGUUCCAAUUUUUCACUUAAAUAGUGUUUGGCGUGAUUCCAGCAAAUUUGGGAACAUAUUUGAUGAAGAAUUUUUUAUUCAUGCUCUUAGAAAUAAUGUGAAUAUAGUCAGAGAGCUCCCAGGGGACAUACUCGAGCAGUACAACAACAACAUAAGCAGCAUUGUGAAUUUGAGAGUAAAAGCAUGGUCAAGUCCUGUCUAUUAUGUCCAAAAGGUCCUCCCAAAGCUGAUGCAGAUGAGGGCUGUUCGAAUUGCACCUUUCUCUAACAGAUUGGCUCAUGCAGUUCCUUCACAUGUUCAAGGCCUUAGAUGCUUAGCUAAUUUUGAGGCACUGAGAUUUUCAGAACCUAUAAGAACUCUUGCAGAGAAGAUGGUUGAUCGAAUGAUUAAUAAGAGUUCCUUGAGCGGAGGAAAAUAUGUAUCUGUACAUCUUCGGUUUGAAAUGGACAUGGUUGCAUUUUCAUGCUGUGAAUAUGAUGGCGGGGAGGAUGAGAAGCAAGAAAUGGAUAUGGCUCGAGAAAGAGGUUGGAGAGGAAAAUUCAGGAGAAGAGGUAGAGUUAUAAGGCCCGGGGUGAACCGUGUGGAUGGAAAAUGCCCUUUGACUCCACUGGAGGUAGGAAUGAUGCUUAGGGGCAUGGGUUUUGAUAAUACUACCUCGGUAUAUGUUGCAGCAGGAAAAAUUUAUAAGGCAGAGAAGUAUAUGGCUCCUCUUAUACAAAUGUUCCCACGUUUAGAAACUAAGGAUACGAUAGCUACUUCAGAUGAACUUGCUCCAUUUAAGGGUCAUUCAUCUAGAUUGGCUGCUCUUGACUACACUGUGUGCCUUCACAGUGAAGUGUUUGUUACGACUCAAGGCGGAAAUUUUCCCCACUUCUUGAUGGGUCACAGACGCUAUCUGAAUGGAGGACAUGCGAAGACAAUUAAACCUGAUAAAAGGAAACUAGCGCAGCUAUUCGACAGGCCAAAUAUCAGGUGGGAUGACUUCCAGAAACAGAUGCAAGACAUGCUUCAUCACAGUGCCGGA